AUGGAGGACUGCCUCGUUAGUCGGAGCGGCGAAAGCGCCCGGUCCGGAUUAGCAGAACAGACCAAGACAAGGGCUUGCGUCAACUGCGCUCGACUAAAGAUGAAGUGUCAGUGGCCUAAUUCAGGCGCUGGACGAUUAGAGAAUAGCUGUUCAAGAUGUUCUCGAAUGAAGCUAGAGUGUCGAGUACCAGAAACAACACAGAGGAAAAAGCGCGGAAAGUCAACAAGAGUGGCUCAACUGGAGAAAAAGAUUGACGGCAUCGUGUCUCUCCUCGCCGCUCAGAAAGGCCUCUCCCCCUUGACACCCGAGAGCCCCCAAGAUGUACCAUCGCAGCAGCAGACAAUCCCUGAAGACAUCCAGGCAGUCCCGCUUGCCCAGGAUCGCCUCCCGCCGCCUCCUAUCAUUGGGCGUCCUGAUGAGGACUAUGCAGACCUGGAGUUAUUCCCAGGCUUCCGCAUCACCCAUGAUGAGGCUGCGAAACGGUUAGAGGUGUAUCGUCGGGACUAUGUGCCCGAAUUCCCCUUUGUGCCCAUGCUGGAUUCACUCGCGUCGCAUGAGUUUUAUUCCGAGUCGCGAUUCUUGUUCUGGACUAUUCUCGCUGCUGUCUCGCCGCUCAAAGAGAAAGUGCAGAUGGAGUUUAAAGCCUGGUUCCGCAAGUACCUCGCUGAGCAUGUAGUCAUGGGCCAGGAAAGGUCACUAGACAUUCUUCAGGGGAUAUUAGUCUACCUAGCCUGGAACGACUUUCACUUCUAUGGAGACCUACAGGUCACCAGCAUUAUCCAGCUGGCCAUUGGUCUCAUAAUUGACUUGAGAUUAGACAGACCAGCUGGAGCUAUCCUCGGUGCCCCGCGAAGCUUACUGGGAGAUGCAUGGACUUCAAUGGGCAAGCCAUGCUCCAAGAUCAAGACAGAUCAAUCGUCACAAGACAAGAGAGCCGUGCUGGGGAUGUACUACAUAACAGCCAUACUGAGUUCAUUCUUUAAAAAGAACACCAUCGUGCCGUGGAGCAACCAUCUAUCACAAUGCUGCGAUCACCUCAUCGAGGCACGCGAGUACGAGUCCGACCUGUACCUCGUGGCUCUCGUCAGGAUGCAGCACCUAGCUGAGCGUGGCUUCAGUGCCAUACCCGCCGUCGACUACUUGGAUCCUACUCCUCCGACAUUUAGAGGCCAUGUUGCCAUGACCAUGAACAAUGUCCAGCGCGAGCUGGAGAGACUCUCCAAGUUCCAGCCAGACUCUGUCAAGCAGAACCGUGCAUUCUGGGCUCAUUAUUACACCUUGCUCGUCCGACUUUACGAGCCCACCAUCCUCAUGCGGGCAGCCCCCCUCAACACCUCAGAAGGAACCCUCGCGGAACCACUUCAGCAUUCUGAGUACAUGUGGAAAUGCCUAGAAGCAGUAGCAGACUCAUUCAAAGAGCAACUCGCCAUCCCUGCUGCUCAAAUGUCCACCCUUCCUGUGACGGUCAACUGCGUCCUCGCGUUUGCGACCGUCACAGCCUCACGCCUCAUCCUUUCAGAAAACUCUCCAGAUUGGGACACCAGCCUUGCACGGCGACGACUCAAUUUUCAAGAUACACUCAAAGGUUUGAGCGAUCAUUUUGAAGCGGCAGAUCAAGAAGCACUCCGCCUCGACCGAAGACGUCGCGUAAUGGAAGACGGCAGCAGCGUGUUUCUAAAAUGCAGCUUCAAAGUACGAUGGAUUCGACAAUGGUACACGUCCAAAAUACCACAAGAAGAACAACAACAGCAGCAUCAGCAGCAGCAACAUGUCCAAACUCCAUGUACAGCGCUGGCGCAGACACAGAGCGUGAUAGAGCCGACACCAGACUGGGCGGCCAAUUUCCAGUUUGACGAUGACUUUUGGGCGGAUUUGAUGACGGGGUACGAUGCUGAUGCUUUGGAUACGUCGCUUGCGAGUGUUGCACCGGCACAUUAG